AUGUCGAACGAAUCGUUUUCCAUCCACGGAUACAAUUUAGUGACAUUGCUCAAACGGCUGGAGGCCGCGGCGUCGCGACUUGAAGAUGUCACCAUCUUCCAAGAGAAUGCGGUCCACUCGAAAACAAAACAGGCCGGUGGAGCCGUGACAGACGGUACCGACUCGCAGGCCGGAGCUGAUGCAAAGGCAAUUGAGGAGCCUGAGAAAGAAGCGCCAGCCAUUGAAGCGUUUGAUAAAUUCUUGGAGGAGUACGUGACUCCAUUUGUUGAAAUCUCAGAUAAAAUCGACCCCUUGGUUGCUGAGCAGGCCAAAUUGUUCGAGAAAGCGCUGCUGGAGGAACGCAAAUUCCUCCAGGCCGCCUCCAAGUCUGCGCCCGUCGACGCGUCGAGCCCAGUGUUCCAGUCGGCGCUCGCUCCGAUCAACGAGGUCAUUGUCAAGGCGGUGGAGGUCAAGGACGCCAACCGUACCUCCAAGUUUUUCAACAAUCUCAACGCUGUGGCAGAGGGUAUUCCUGCUCUUGGAUGGAUCUGUGUCACCACACCUGUCUCGUACAUUCCAGACUACAAGGACUCUGCCCAGUUCUGGUCUAAUAGAAUUUUGAAGGAGUACAAGGAAUCCGACCCAAACCAGGUCAAAUGGGCCACCACGUUCAUCAGAAUAUUCGACGGCCUCAAAAAUUACGUCAAGGAGUUCCAUACCACCGGUCCGUCCUGGAACGCCCAAGGAGGUUCUUUCGAGGAGAAUCUGGCCAAGGCCACGUCUUCAGCAACACCUGCUGUUCCGUCGCCUCCUCCAACACCUGUCUCUGGUGCAGGUGGUCCUCCUCCUCCACCGCCUCCUCCACCGGCCUCCGUGUUUGAAGCAAAGGAGGAGCAGCAGCCAAAGGGAAUGAACGCUGUUUUCUCUGAGCUCAAUAAGGGCGAGAACAUCACCGCAGGACUCAAGAAGGUCGACAAGAGCCAGAUGACUCACAAGAACCCAGAAUUACGGGCAUCAUCUGCAGUUCCGGCCAAAAAAUCUGUUCCUGUUCCGCCAAAGAAGCCUGCCAGUCUGAGCGAAAAGUCUCCUAAGGAAAAGAAGCCUCCGAAAAAGGAGCUUGUGGACAACAAGUGGAUGGUGGCCAACUUCGAAAACGAGUCCGACAUCAUCACCAUCGACGGAGAGAUGCAGCAGAGCAUUUUCAUCGCCAACUGUGCCUCCAGCAUCAUCCAGAUCAAGGGCAAGGUGAACGCUAUCACGCUGAACGAAUGCACCAAGGUUGGACUCGUUGUUGAGAAAGCCAUCAGCGGAAUUGACGUGAUCAAGUCCAGGAACUUCGAGGUCCAAGUCACCGACUCCGUUCCGAUGAUCUCGAUCGACCAGUCUGAGUCCGGCUCCCUGUAUCUGUCCGCGUCGUCACUGGAUACCGAGGUGUUCACCUCGUCUACUACCUCGCUCAACAUCAACGUGCCGGAAUCGGACGAUAUGAAGGAGCUUGCUGUUCCGGAGCAGUUCAAGCACACCGUCAAGAACGGUAAGCUGGUCAGCACGGUUGUUGAACAUGCUGGUUGA